UAACGCCAAGUAGUAAACCUGUUCUAAAAGUAUGUGACUGGGAGUGUGCCUUCGUGUUUUUAGAAAUUUGGUGGUCGUCAAUGAAAUAAAUUAAAAAAGUAGCAGAUUUCUCUUUCGCUAAUGUUAUAAAAAUUAAAUAAAUAAUUAGUUGGUCUUAGGAAUUUUCUUGAAGUAUUAAAUAAAAUUUGUACAAAUCUGCGCAUAUUAGUUGAAGGAAGUUGUAUUUUAUAAAAAAAUAAGUGUUUAUACUCAAUAUCUAUCUUUUCAUUAGAAUGGAAAAGCGAUCAGAUGACGAGAGUGAGAAGUAUUGUGAAAGUGACAAAAAUAGCGAAAGCGGAGAAAAAGUAUUUGAAACUAUUUUACCGGACUCUUUACCGGACUCAGCAAACAUUUUAAAAUGUAAUUUUUGCCAGUUUUGUUUUACUGAUCAAUCACAAUUAGAUCAGCAUCUUUUAAUUCAUUCUGGUGAAAAGCUACAUGAGUGUAGUAUAUGUGGAAAAUGUUUUAUUGAUGAUAAUUAUCUGCAAAAUCAUAUAACCUGGCAUACUCAGAAUGAAUUCAAAAAUACUUAUACUUGUGAUGUAUGUGGUAAAACUUUUGACAGUGAAUCUAAAUUUCGAAGACAUAAAUACUGCCAUGCUGAGAAAUCUUAUUUAUGUGAAGUAUGUGGAAAAUGUUUUGUUUCAAAAACUCAUCUUAUUCGGCACACCAAAAUUCAUACCGGUGAAAAACCAUUUGAAUGUCAUAUAUGUGGAAGAAGGUUUCGUGAAAAUGCUGCUCUUAACACUCAUUUUGUUGUCCACAAUAACAAACCGUUAAUCAUUGAUGCAGUCAAGCCUCAACAGAGUAAUUUGGAGAUGUUUUCAUGCACUGUGUGUGGUAAAAAAUUUGAAACUAAAAAUAAAUUACGUUGUCACAAGCUUUAUCAUGGUGACAAAUCUUUAUACUGUGACUUAUGUGGGAAAUGCUUUAUUAAAAAAAGUCAUCUGUCCCAGCAUUAUCGAGUUCAUACUGGAGAAAAACCAUUCAAGUGUGAAAUAUGUGAGAAGGCUUUUGCCCAACCAAGUAGUCUUAGAUCACAUUCUGUUAUCCAUAUGAAAGAAAAACAUAAUAAUGAUACUAAAGUACACCAUAUAUGUGAGAGAUGUGGUGAAGUGUUUAGUAAUGGAUAUUUAUUAAGUAAACACAACUGCAUGCAAGCUGGUGAAAAUGGUUUUAAAUGUGAUGUAUGUGAUAAGUGUUUUGUUAACAAAUGUGUUCUUUCUGUACAUUAUCGAACACAUACCGGAGAAAAACCUUUUAAAUGUGAUAUAUGUGAACAAGAAUUUUCAAGAAAAGCCAAUCUGUUAGAACAUUACAUUACACAUACUGGAGAGAAACCUUUUGAGUGUGAUGUUUGUGGUAAGGGUUUUGUGUAUAAAGGUGCUCUUUCGUUGCAUCUUAAAAUACACUCUGGUGAUAAACCAUUUAAGUGCGAUGUUUGCGGCAAAGGUUGUUUAACAAAAAGCUGUCUUUCUAAACAUUAUAGGACUCAUACAGGAGAAAAACCAUUUCAAUGUGAAAUAUGCAAAAAAGGAUUCAGUACUAUUGGCAGUCUGAAAUCACACUCUACUUUACAUGCAGAAAAAGUAUAUACUACUGAAGGUGGACUGCAUUUGUGUACUACAUGCGGUAAAACAUUCGAGGAUGAGUCUUCAUUAUCUAACCAUCGAUGUGUUAAUUCUGAUAAACAGUAUGCUUGUGAAUUGUGUGGGAAAAGCUUUCAUCAGAAGGGUUCACUUUCUCAGCAUUAUUUUAUACAUACUGGUGAAAAACCAUUUCAGUGUGAAGUGUGUAAGAAAAGAUUUGCUAAACGUAGCAAUCUUAAAAGUCAUACUCGUCUUCAUAUGAAAACGAAGACUAAUGAUAGCAAAAAUAAUCCUCCAUCCUCAAAAUCUAUAAAUGAAAAUAUAUAUAAUUGUGAUAAAUGUGAGAGAACAUUUAAAAUGAAACGUUCAUUAUCUAAUCAUCGCUUGUUUUGCCAUGCUAUGAAGCCAUUCUAUCCAGUGUAAUAACUAAGUAUAUUAGCUAUUCCAUAUCAGUGAAUUCUUCUGCUUUGUAAUGAUGCAGUUACUUCCUAUUCCAAUCAAAUAGUGUCAUUUUCAUUCAUAUAGAAAUUUUCCAUUGUGUUGGGGAAUUGUUAUAAAAUUCUCUGAAAUGGAAAUGAAAAUGUUUCAUUCUGAUAAAAUGUUUGACUAAUCUUGAAAAUUAAGAUUAAGAUUGAACUGGGCAUAAAUGAUAAAUUUCCAAUUUUGGCAACAGAUUAUAAUUAAUGCAUUAACUCUUUUAUAACAAAAGAGAAAUUCUUUUAUUCUUAAAUUUAUUAUUAAUUGUGAACAAGUACAACUUUAUGUAAAAUUAUGGAUUUAAAUUUUUAGACAUAUUUUAGGAUAUGCCUUCUUCUAAGAAGGCCACUAAGCUAGGUAAGGUAAAGAUAAGCAUUUUUAUAAGAAAGGAUAAUUUUAAGUCUGUGAAAUCUCAUUUGGGACUGAGUAAAAUGUAUGGAAAGCACUGUUGAAUUAUGAUACUGGGCAUCAAUGAAAAAAAAAAUUUCUUUUGCAAAAACGAAUUAUUAUAUUCUAUAAAUGCCUUCUUGCAAUCUGUAACAUAACUUUGUUUUUGGUAAAUUAUAUACUGUCAUUGAAAGUUUUCUGUGAAUUCCACUACGCUGAAAACAAAAUGUGCAUUAUUUCUAAAAGACUAACUAUCCACAUUUGAAUAACAUGACUGUUAUGUUAUGCUGAUGUGCUAAAUGAAAUUUGCUUAAAACAGUUUUGAAUCUGUAAAAAAGGAAAUAUUGCUGCAUUAAUCUGAGACUGGAAAAUACUUUCAGCAGAUUGUGAUUUAAAUGAUAAAAAACAUUACCAUCACUUAAAUUUAUGUCAUAGCUAAUUAAAAUUUAUAUGGCAGUUCUUGGUUAACAGGCAGCUGCUUGGCAUCAAAUGCAAAUGUUAAUAAGGAACCAACUCAUGACAGAAUAGCAAUCUUGAAUAAUAUACAAAGCAUUAUGAAGUGAA